AGCUGUGGAGUCUGCGCAGAAAUCUACGACUGACAAUUACCAUUUUAAUAUAUCUUAAAAUCAUCAACACAAGUCGAGUUCUGUAUUCUAGAGUAAUUUUAUUAAAUGAAUUAAUAUUUAUUAAUUAAUUUCUUAAACAAAUUUAAGUUUCUAAAUAUUCUUCAGUACAUCAUCUAAAAGGGGAUAGCCUUACUACAUAUUUAGUUCGAUCAAAAUGGGAAAAACUUCUAAAGACAAACGAGAUAUUUACUAUAGGUUAGCUAAAGAGGAAGGUUGGAGAGCACGAAGUGCGUUUAAAUUACUGCAAAUAAAUGAAGAAUAUAACAUUUUUGAUGGUGUACUUCGUGCGGUUGAUUUGUGUGCAGCGCCUGGUAGUUGGAGUCAAGUUCUAAGUAAGCAUUUAAGGAAGAAUACAGCAAAUCCAGAUGAUGUAAAGAUUGUAGCUGUGGAUUUGCAAGCUAUGGCAGCACUACCUGGAGUUAAACAAAUCCAAGGUGACAUUACUAAGGUAUCUACAGCAAAUGAAAUCAUUCAAGAGUUUCAAGGACAAAAAGCAGAUUUAGUUGUAUGUGAUGGUGCUCCUGAUGUGACUGGAUUACAUGAUAUAGAUGAAUAUGUACAGUCACAACUUUUACUAGCUGCUCUCAAUAUAACAACACAUGUGCUUAAAACUGGUGGAAUUUUUGUAGCAAAAAUAUUUAGAGGAAAAGAUGUUACACUAUUAUAUUCCCAAUUAAAACAAUUCUUUGAGUUAGUCACUGUAACAAAGCCCCGGAGUUCAAGAAAUUCAAGUAUUGAAGCCUUUGUUGUUUGUCAAAAUUACAACCCACCGCCUGGUUAUGAACCUACAAUGGUUAACCCUUUAUUGGAUCAUAAAUAUUGUGAUUUUAAUCAAUUCACAGGCAUUAACAGAUUUAUAGUUCCAUUUAAUUCCUGUGGAGAUAUAAAUGCUUAUGAUUCUGACACAUCAUACCCUCUCAAUCUAGAUGGACAAAAUACCUAUGAGUAUAGAGAGCCAGUACAAAGCCCUAUAAAUCCACCUUACAAAGAUAUAUUAGAAAAAACUAAAAAAUUAUAGUAAAUAUGAUGCCCUA